AUGCCCUCUCCAGCCUUCCCCGGCCUCUUCUUUGCCUUCUGCGCCAUGGUCCUCCUCAUCUUCGUAUCCGUCUCUCCCCCCGCCUGGGAGAGGAUCCAUUUCCUCCAAGCUUCCGCCGGCGGCCAGACGACCGUGUUUGGCGUUUUGGGAGAGUGCUUGAGCGGGGGUGGUCAGUGUACGGACAGGAAUGUGGGGUAUGAUUUGCAAGUUUGGGGUGCCGACAACCUCAACAUCAACACCACAAACUUCCACCGCCUCACCCGCGCCCUCAUCCUCCACCCCAUCGCCGGCUUCUUCGCCCUCCUCUCCCUCAUCUUUGGCGCCCUCGCCACUGCCUGCGCCUCGAGGUUCUUGACCAUCAUGAUGGCUUUGAGCGCGCUGUUUGGGCUGUUGAUUACCAUUGCGGCGUUUGUGCUGGAUAUGGUAUUCUGGUCUUUGGUCAAGAACAAGAUCAAUGACGCCGGGUACUCUGCUAGCUAUGGUAAUGCGAACUGGCUCACGGCGGGUGCUCUCGGCGCUUUCGCGCUCAGUUUCUGUACUUCUCUGUGCGGUGCCUUUGGACGGUUCGCCAGUGGCAGGUUUGCCGGUGAAAAGUAUUAA